CGUGUGCCACCACAGCUCCUCUGGACUUUACUCUGUGCAGGAUCAAAUCUCAGUGGCAUUUACCGCAGAAUGGAUGUGAAGCUGUUGACGCUCUUGGCUGCGCUCACCGCGGUGAUGUACGCGCCUCCAUCACAAGCAAAGCCCAUCAGCCUGGUGGAGAGAUGCUACUGUCGCUCGACGGUCAACAGCCUCCCGCGGGGCUACAUCCGGGAGCUCAGGUUCAUCCAGACGCCCAACUGCCCCUUCCAAGUCGUUGCUAAGCUGAAGACGAACAAAGAGGUGUGUGUGAACCCAGAGAUCCGGUGGCUGCAGCAGUACCUGAAGAACGCCAUCAACAAGAUGAAGAAAUCCAAACAGAGCAACUGAAAGCUCCUGCAGAGAUCCUCCUGAGCCAUCACAGACAUGUAACAUGUGAUAUGAGAUCAUCUGGUAUGUUGUACAGCACUUAUCCCGGCCGCCACGCUGCGGCCUUUUGCAUGGAACAAACCUGCCGCUCCCCACCGUGAACACCAGCCCUGUCGCCGUCCUCACCAUCACCACUCUCACCACUUAUAGAGACCAUAGAUGUUUUUUAGUGCAAAGUGCAAUUAUAUCUGUGAAUGUAUGUUCAUCUAACUAUAAUGUAUAUACUUCUUCUGUUUAAAGACGUCCACAGUAAAGAGCUAUUUUUGGAGAUGUUCGUGUCCUCCUGGCCUCUCUGUCAUUUAGGUAAAGGGGUCGACCUCGGGGUCAACGUGUUUAAGAGACGUAGGUCAUCGCGAGGGUUUUCUCCCCAGCAUAUGAGUUAGCAUCCUGCAGUCCUGUGAAAUCGCUGAGCCAAGAGACUUAUUACAGCUAAUCCUAAACAUGGCGUCUGCUUAUCCUUACUGUCUCUGAAUUGUACAACUUUGAUGAACAACAACGUAUAGUUCUCGCUUCUAAAAACAAAGGAACAGGCAGAGCCAGAGAGUUUGCCAAGUUUUUUUUUUUCAAUGUUUCAAACUAAUUGGCACCAUGGAAUUUCGAUGGGUGCCAGCUCAGCUACUCCCAGACUAAAUAUAAGAUGUUUAAAAGAUCCCAGUAAAAAUGGCAAUUACAAUGUUUUUGUGAUGGAAGUCAGGAUGCCAAACGGGCUCGAGCAUUUCCUGAGCUGCUCUGUGGCUGUGAUUACGCGACCCUGUGUUACCCAACUUGUCUGCCUUUCAUUCUUAGAGAAAAAGCCGAACAUCUGGAUCCCAAACACUUUUAAUUGAGCAACCAAUAAGUCUGAAUUUACCGGAAUCAUAAAGCUGGGUUACUUAACAAGAGGGGGUGAGAAACAAGUCCUGACACAGUUAGCUGUCUUACUAAACCGGUGUCAAAGUGUUGUUAGAUGGAUACUGAUUGUAAUAACCCCUUAGCAUGAAUGUCCGUUUCAAAGAAGGGUGUACAGCAUUUUGAAUAACAGUUACCACAUCGUAGUUAAAACACUAAGGCCCUGUUUACACCUGGCACUGACCUGCCUCUCGAGAUCCGAUCGCUCAGGCCACAUUCGGAUGUGGUACGACCACAUUCAUCCACUGAGGGACCGCCUAAUCAACAGGACCAAUCCUGUGGGUAAUUGGAAACAUCUACGCUUCCAUGUACCAGUGGCAUAAUUUCCAACAAGAAUAAACAACAACAGGCAAAAUGAAUUACACAUUACACACAAACACAUGAUAUCCAUUUGGACCGAUUGAUCGCAGUCCAAGGUCUUUGCAAACUCUUUGUAAUUUUGGGCAGACAAGGCAUGGGAUGAACGCUGCUGUCUCCCGCCUGCUAAAAUCAACAAUAAAUUUGGUCACUGAAAAUUCAAUGGUCACUCGAGGACCAUCUACCUAAGAUCGGAUCACUGAAGACACGUGUCGAUGCCGUUCGUAAACAGAGCCAAAGUUAUAGUGAGAGCCACAGUAGAGAGAGUUUUACUGUAGUACCAUUACUGACAAUGAAUAGAUGUACAUUGAUAUGGCUACCUAUAACUGUCAUGCAGAUAGCAAUGCACUUUAUAUCUGAUGUAUUCAAUACUUUAAUGACAACAUUUACCAUUACUCACUGAGUCUGAUCAUUAAAUUCUGUCUUUUGUCUUUAUUUUCCAUGUUAAUCUUGCUGUUGUCAUUCUGUUCCCUCUGAUGACUGAAUGUGUAGCGACAUUUAACUGUUAGGAGAUCUUUUCAUCUACUUAAUCGCCAUGUCGUAUGUCAAAUUAAUAUUAUACAAAUGUUUUAUUUUUGUACUCUUUUAUGCAUUUAUAUAUCAAAUCCAAACACUUAAAUGAAGGAAGUGUACUCACAAUUGAGUCGUCCAGCCGGUGUUUUAUUGUAAAACUUGUAGCAGUGUGACAGUAUAAAAAAAAAAAAAAGGGAAAUCUUUAAAAUGAUAUGGUUACUUUUUUAAUGUAUGUGUUCCUCUAUAUGUUAAGAGCCUCAUACACAUUUAUACCCACCGAUGCAUGCAUACACACACACUCACAGUGUGCUGUAAUCUUACUGUACUUGUAGGUCAGGGGGUAAAUCCGAAGACUUUGAUGUGAGAACAUGUGUUUAGCUUUACUCACGAGGGCAAUCGAGAGCCAGGGACAAUGAUCCUGCCUGUUAUUUAACUAUUAACUCAACAAGCGACCAUUAGGAAAACAUUAGAGCUAAAAGGGAUGAACUUUUAACUUCCCUCAAAGGGCAUUACGUGAGGCGGAGCACGGUGGUAUAUGUGAUGAGAGUGGUGCGCUGAUUGAAACAUCGGGGAGAGAUAAAGGGCAGUCAGUGGCAGUCAGCAACCCUUUUUGCCAUGUUUCCUGAUUAGCUUUGAAGUGCUGUUUAAGCAGCAUAGCAGCAGAGUCAGCAGCACUCUAGCAGGCGAUAAAGCCAUUGAUUUAGCCACUUAUUUAGCUCUGAUGUCCCAGUUUGGAUCGGGAAUUAAUCAAAUGUAAUCACUGUAGGAACUGACUGCGUUAAAUUGAUAUCACUGGAGGAAUCUGCAGGUACGAACGUUGUUUCCCUCACCGGUAAUGUGAAGAUUGGGCAGCUUGUCUCAUGUCACAUUUCAUCACACAUACAGAGGAUAGACCCUCGGCAUUCGAAUUCUGGGUAAACGAUGUAAAAAAAAAACAUUUGUUCACUGAGAAUAUUUCAAUUAAACUUUGUAAGACAAACA